AUGCUGUCCCUCGACGAAGAGGUCCGACUUUACACCACCAACGCAGAACGGGAGAAAUACUCUCUUCUAGCUACACUCUUCGGUAUUGUAGUCGCACUGGACUUUCUGGAACGCGCAUACGUCCGCGAUUCAAUUACUGCCGCUGAGUACUCGCCUGCAUGCACGAGGUUGUUGUCGCAGUAUAUGACGAUGGUCAAGUUGGUCAAGGAUUCGAUCCCGUCGAUCGAGGAGUUCAUGACCCGCUAUCGCCUUGAUACGCCUGCUGCGUUGCACAGGAUCAAGGUAGGGGUGCCCGCUACGGUGGAACAUUCGAGCGAGGCUGGUCCGGAGACUGGAAAAUGGAUAGCUGAAACGACACAGAACUUCAUAACCUUCAUGGACGCACUCAAGUUACGUCUGCGCGCAAAAGAUCAGCUGCAUCCUAUCCUUCAAGAACUCGUUACGGGGUAUGCGAGGUUUAAAGGGAGCAAGGAAUGGGAGGGAAGAAGUCGCAUGGUCGGGUGGUUGAUCACCCUCAACGGAAUGAAAGCUUCGGAAGAGCUAACAGAGGAACAAUCAAGACAACUUCUUUUCGACGUUGACUACGCCUACGCCGAGUUCUUCCGUAGUCUAAGUGGCGAUAAAAACGAUCGUGACGAUGCACUGCGUGCACCGUCUUGA